AGCUGUUUCUUUAUUUACACCGCCGCGGGUAGCACGUUUGAAAUAUUUUUUUUUAAUUACAUAAAAAUCACAGAAAAUUACAAAAAAAAAUCAUGGCUCUGCGGUUGCUUAACCGAGCGAUGGCAUCGCACAUGCGCGGCUUGCAAUUAAAUGCUACCAGGAGAGGUUUUAGUGGCCAUAACAUUGAUUGGCCAGCUAUUCAUCCUGCGUCUUGGUCGUCGGCACAAAAUCGUCUAGUGCACGUGAGGAUUACGGACCAGGAAGCCGGUCUGCAGACCAAAAGAGAGGCUAACAGAAACCAAAACCCUUUUCGGGAAGAACUCAUAGAAGAACCCGCCACAGUUGCGCCCAGAGCCCGCAACAAAUUUCGACCAGAAAAAAAACCAAAAAAAGAAACUUCUAAAAAGGCGCAGGACUUUGGGGAUCCAGAUACCUUUGGAGAUGCCAAGAUAAGUGAAACUAACGAUCCUGGAGACGUGGAAGAAGAGGAGUUUAUUAGCAAUCCCACGAGACACACAAAAAAACUUCAAACUGUUGAGUACGCUCGGCAAAUUAAGGAUUAUCUAAAGGCAAACCGCUUGAAUGAAGCCAUUGCCGUUCUGGAACAAAGAAUGCUACGGGAGGAUCGCGUGAAGCCCGACAAGUACAUAUACAAUCUGUUGAUCAGCGGUUGCGCCAAAGCGGGCUACACCCGCAAGGCAUUUUCCCUGUACACCAAAAUGCGUCAACGGGGCCUCCAAGUGACUGGCGGAACCUACACCUCGCUUUUUAACGCCUGCGCCAAUGCUCCAUCUUUAAGUGAUGGCUUGGCUAAGGCCCAGAUCGUGCGGGAGAACAUGUUGGAAAAGGGCUACGAACCGAAUGUUAAGAACUACAAUGCAAUGAUCAAGGCCUAUGGAAGAUGUGGCGAUGUGGACACCGCCUACAUGCUGGCUGACGAGAUGAUGGAAAGGCAGCUUGAGCUGAACGCCGAUACAUUUAACUUUCUUCUGCAGGCGUGUGCCAGCAACUCGGAGCAUGGCUUUCGACAUGCCCUGCUUACCUGGCACAAAAUGUUGCAGCGGGGAGUAAACCCAGACUACUACAGCUUCAAUGCAAUGCUGAGAUGUGUCAGAGAUUGUGGCUUUGGUGAUUUGGAAUCGAUGCGCGAAGUUCUCGAUCAAAUUGCCCCUGCAGCAGCUAGGCAAAAUCCUGUUCUGCAGUUGGAGGACGGCGUGAAAGGUGAUUUACCCAGUAUAUCUUCAAGCUCCACUUCGUUGCCUGCCCAAAUCGAGGUGUCCACAUCAGCAAGUGAGCUGGAGCUACCCAAUCUUUUGCUUGCACGGCCUCAUUUGGGAAGUUUGGUGGCAUUGGAGGAGGUUACACGUCCCCACGAGCGAUUUUUGCUUCUCGGUGGGCUUACAGGUUUUCUAGAACACAUGAAACAGCAUAAAAUCACACCUGACAUUGAAACGUUUACUACUAUGUUGGAGGUAAUACCGCCUACAAACGCAGCAGAAAAGCAGUUGCUCACUUUUGUGCGCAAAAUUGGACUUAAGGCGGACAUUGACUUUUUCAACAUACUGAUUAAGAAGCGAUCGAUGCGUUUCGAUUAUGAGAGCGCGCGAGAGGUGCUCUCUAUGAUUCGCACAGCAGGCUUGCGGCCAGAUAUCGUCACCUAUGGUGUCCUCGCUUUGGGAUGUCGGACCCAGGAAGAGGCUAGGGAACUGCUGGAACAGAUGAAGGUGGCGGGCAUAAAGAUGAACAUGCCCAUUCUUGGCGCCAUGCUGCGGCAGGGAUGCGCCAACAAAUCCUUCGGCUACAUUAACGCGAUCAUUCAGUUGAGCUUAGAGGAGGGAAUUAAGCCCAACGAAACCUUCCUUCGCCAUCUGCACAACUUUCACAGGGGAUGUGCUAGGGCCAUUGAUGCCAGGCACCCCUCGACCAAGACAGUCUCCUUCAAAAAGGGACACUCUAAAUUCUGUGAUAAAUACCGCCUGUACUACGAGGAGCUGGGAUUGGCUGGCCUAAAGCUGGAAGAUGCCAUCGCCAAGGUAAAGGAGCGUCCAUAUGAGAAAUACAAAGUGCCUCCCGUCGAGGGAUUGGAACCACUCAAGCACGAGCAGCUUAAACGCAAGACCAAAUUGCGAAAAUACAUCAAGAAGAUUAAUAUAGACAAACUUCAGGAUGACCCUCCCAGAGAGCCUCUAAAGAGAAUAGAAUAAGUUUAACAAUGUAACUCAUAUUAAAGUUUAUUAUUUGUUAACCAA